AUGCAGGUGAAGCAGAUCAUGGAGGAGGCUGUUACCCGAAAGUUUGUCCACGAGGACAGUAGCCACAUCAUCUCCUUCUGUGCGGCAGUGGAGGCCUGCGUGCUGCACGGGCUGAGGCGGAGGGCUGCCGGCUUCCUGCGAAGCAACAAGAUCGCCGCUCUCUUCAUGAAGGUGGGCAAAGGCUUCCCUCCAGCUGAGGAGCUGAGCCGCAAGGUGCAGGAUCUGGAGCAACUCAUUGAGAGCGCGCGAAAUCAGAUCCAGGGCCUGCAGGAGAAUGUGCGGAAGCUGCCAAAGCUGCCCAACCUGUCCCCACUGGCCAUCAAGCACCUGUGGAUCCGCACCGCCCUGUUUGAGAGAGUCCUGGACAAAAUAGUCCACUAUCUAGUGGAAAACAGCAGUAAAUACUAUGAGAAGGAGGCUCUCUUGAUGGACCCUGUGGACGGCCCCAUCCUUGCAUCUUUGUUGGUGGGGCCCUGUGCCCUGGAGUAUACCAAGAUGAAGACUGCCGAUCACUUCUGGACCGACCCCUCAGCCGAUGAGCUGGUCCAGAGACACCGAAUUCACAGCUCACAUCUGAGACAGGACUCACCCACCAAGCGGCCGGCACUCUGUAUCCAGAAGAGGCAUUCAAGUGGCAGCAUGGAUGACCGGCCAUCCAUCUCCGCCCGGGACUAUGUAGAAUCCUUGCAUCAGAACUCCAGGGCCACCCUGCUCUAUGGCAAGAACAAUGUCCUGGUUCAGCCAAGAGACGACAUGGAGGCUGUGCCAGGGUACCUGUCUCUGCACCAGACAGCUGAUGUUAUGACCUUGAAGUGGACACCCAACCAGCUGAUGAACGGAUCUGUGGGGGACCUGGACUAUGAGAAGAGCGUCUACUGGGAUUAUGCUGUGACCAUCCGCUUAGAAGAGAUCGUCUACCUGCACUGUCACCAGCAAGUGGACAGUGGUGGGACUGUCGUGCUGGUGAGUCAGGACGGGAUCCAGAGGCCACCCUUCCGCUUCCCCAAAGGCGGUCACCUGUUACAAUUCCUCUCGUGCCUGGAGAAUGGGCUUCUUCCUCACGGGCAGUUGGACCCACCACUUUGGUCACAGCGAGGAAAGGGCAAGGUAUUUCCUAAGCUACGCAAGCGGAGCCCACAGGGAUCCUCAGAGUCCACAUCUUCAGAUAAAGAGGAUGACGAAGCCACAGAUUACGUAUUCCGCAUCAUCUACCCUGGCAUGCAGUCCGAAUUCGUUGCCCUUGACCUCUUGGGCAGCCCUCGACCCGUGUCCGUUGGCCCUGCCUGGAUGAUGCUUGCUGCUGGCCAGUCUGUUCUGGUGGUAGCCAGGGGGAUCAAGUGGGCACAAACCAGAGGGUACCUCACCGUCCCCACACCGAGUGUGAAGGAGCAGCCCCCCAUGCCCCAGGACCUGAUGGAUGUCUCUGUGAACAACCUUCCAUCGCUAUGGCAACCCAGUCCUCGGAAGUCUUCCUGCUCUUCUUGUUCACAAAGCGGCUCGGCUGAUGGCAGCUCAACCAAUGGCUGCAACCAUGAGAGGGCUCCAUUGAAACUGCUCUGUGAUAACAUGAAGUACCAGAUCCUUUCCAGGGCCUUCUAUGGAUGGCUCGCCUACUGCAGACACCUGUCCACCGUGAGGACUCACCUGUCGGCCCUAGUCAAUCACAUGAUCGUGUCUCCAGACCUGCCCUGUGACGCUGGGCAAGGGUUGACAGCCAGCAUCUGGGAGCAGUACAUCCAAGACAGCACGACUUACCCUGAGCAGGAGCUGCUGCGGCUUAUCUACUACGGAGGUGUCCAGCCUGAGAUACGCAGGGCUGUGUGGCCCUUCCUCCUGGGACACUACCAGUUCGGGAUGACGGAGUUGGAGAGGAAGGAGGUGGAUGAGCAGAUCCAUGCUUGCUACGCACAAACCAUGUCGGAGUGGCUGGGCUGCGAGGCUAUCGUCAGACAGAGGGAGAGGGAGUCCCACGCUGCUGCCCUGGCCAAGUGCUCUUCGGGGGCUAGCCUGGACAGCCACCUUCACCGGAUGCUGCACCGGGACUCUACCAUCAGCAACGAGUCCUCCCAGAGCUGCAGCUCAGGACGCCAGAACCUCAGAUUGCAGAGCGACUCCAGCAGCAGCACACAGGUUUUUGAGUCUGUGGAUGAGGUGGAACAGACAGAGGUAGAAGGCAGGUCAGAGGAGAAACAACCCAAAAUCCCUAAUGGGAACCCAGCAAAUGGCACUUGCUCUCCAGACUCCGGACACCCAUCUUCCCACAACUUCUCCUCUGGCCUCUCAGAGCACUCAGAGCCCAGUCUUAGUACUGAAGACAGUGUCUUGGAUGCCCAGCGCAGCCUUCCUGCUGUGUUUCGACCUGGAGACAGCAGUGUGGAAGAUGGGCAGAGCAGCGAAGCCACCACUUCCCGGGACGAGGCCCCUCGGGAGGAGCUGGCAGUGCAAGACAGUCUUGAGAGUGACCUUCUCGCCAAUGAGAGCAUGGAGGAGUUCAUGUCCAUCCCUGGCAGUCUGGACAUGGUCCUGCCUGAGAAGGAUAGUGCCAUGAUGGAGAGCUGGCCAAGUGAGGCCGACAAGCAUGGCCGGGCAGACAGCGAGGACAACCUCUCUGAGGAGCCUGAGAUGGAGAGUCUCUUCCCUGCCCUGGCUUCUCUGGCUGUGACCUCCUCUGCCAACAACGAGGCAUCACCUGUGUCUUCCAGUGGUGUCACCUACUCUCCAGAGCUACUGGACCUGUACACAGUGAACCUGCACCGCAUUGAGAAAGAUGUGCAGAGGUGUGACCGCAGCUACUGGUACUUCACAGCCGCCAACUUGGAGAAACUGAGGAACAUCAUGUGCAGCUACAUCUGGCAGCACAUUGAGAUUGGCUAUGUCCAGGGCAUGUGUGACCUUCUGGCCCCACUGUUGGUCAUCCUGGAUGAUGAGGCCCUAGCCUUCAGCUGUUUCACAGAACUCAUGAAGAGGAUGAACCAGAACUUCCCCCACGGAGGUGCCAUGGACACCCACUUUGCCAACAUGAGGUCCCUAAUCCAGAUUCUGGACUCAGAGCUCUUCGAGUUGAUGCAUCAGAAUGGGGACUACACCCACUUCUACUUCUGCUACCGCUGGUUCCUGCUGGAUUUCAAACGAGAGCUGGUCUAUGAUGACGUCUUCUCCGUGUGGGAGACUAUCUGGGCGGCUAAGCACGUGUCCUCCGCCCACUACGUGCUGUUCAUCGCGCUGGCUCUAGUGGAGGUCUACCGGGACAUCAUCCUGGAAAACAACAUGGACUUCACAGACAUUAUCAAGUUCUUCAACGAAAUGGCUGAGCGGCACAACGCCAAGCAGAUCCUGCAGCUGGCCCGGGACCUCGUUCACAAAGUGCAGAUUCUGAUUGAGAACAAGUGA